UUGAGGAGAUAAAGGAUCUUUAACAGCAAGGAUACCUUCAGAAGCUCUUCGAGAUUUUCUCUAGGGUGCCGAGAGUCGUUUAAUGGUCAUUUUUGGACAUUGAUGAAGAGCAGAUAACUGACAUGGUUCUACUCAGUCUCUUGAUUGUGGGUGUGCUGGUUAAUGGCCACCUGGCUCUUACUCCUAAUGACUGUGGGAGUUCCUACAGGCGUCCAGCGUACACCGACAUCGCAGUGUAUUGCGGGACCGAGUCUAUCAAUUUGGCCAUCCAGGUCUGCCCGGUCAUUUACACUGGAUAUAACGCGAGUUUGUUGAUUCUCAAUCAAGUCGCAAAUGAUCCGUCGUGUCGGGGAACACUGGAUGCGACCGCGAAUCCUCCGGUCGUGCGCUUCAACUUCCCUCUGAGACAAUUAGACUCCUGCGGCAGCAUCUUCCGCACCACCAGCGCUCCAGGGACCGGGAUCUUCUCGGACUUCUCUAACAUCCAGACGGUUAACAUCAGUGGGGUGGUCAGAUCUUUCGACCCCACAAUAGGAACAGUGACCUACAACGCCGAGCUGAGUUAUUUUUACUCCUGUGCAUAUCCACUCGAGUACCUGGUCAACAAUACACAAGUUGAUGUGUCAUCCUCCUCCAUUGCAGUGAUUGACAACAAUGGUAGCUUCAUCAGCACUUUAAGCAUGCAGCUCUUCAAAGAUGUAAACUACACAACUCCACUCGUUAUCCCUGCUCUUGGUGUUGAGCUCAGAACCAGAAUCUACGUGCAAGUCAUUGCAGCAAACUUGACUUCACAGUAUCAUGUUCUGCUGGAUCGUUGCUAUGCCUCUAUCUCAGCCUUACCCUCCAAUUCAACCUUUUUCAACCUAUUUGUCCCGUGCUCGCAGGAUCAGAUGACCACCAUGUUGGAGAAUGGAAACAGUCAGAAGGCUCGCUUUAGCUUCCCAGCCUUCCGCUUUAUCGAGCAGCAGAACCAGACCAUUUCCACCUACUACCUCCACUGCAUCACCAGACUUUGUGAAACCAGCACCUGCACCCAGUUCAAGCAAUGCAACAGGAGGAGGAGACGGGACAUACAGACAACGACAAUUAAAGAUGGCGUCUCAGACACCACCCUCAUCACCUCAGGACCUAUUAGGACUCAAGCAGACUCCUCUCUUACCACCAAGGAAGAAGCCCUGAGCAGUGCACAGAAGGACAGUGGUAAUGGGGCAUCUGUAGGACUGGGCAUCGCUCUGGCCGUCCUCGUCAUUGUGGGCACCGUUGCUGCCCUCAUGGCCGUAUCAUUUUACCGCAAACUCAGGAUGCUGCGUUAACUUUCCGUGAUCCCAGAGCUCUUUUUGUGUAGGACCGAUACAACAGCACUGGUGGAGGUGGGAACUGGGGAUCCAUAUUAUUACUAUCUGACUUUUUAAAUUAAAAAGCUUUGUCAGCAUUGCAGAUAACAUGAUUGUCAUUUGAAAUGCAAAUAUUGCAACCAAAAAAAUAUUUUAAUAUAUAAUAACUUAUAUACU